AUGAUGUUGAGGUUCUUUACCGAUAAGGCGAAUCACCAGGCCCUCAAGGCUGUGCUUUGUGCCUUGUUUCUGCAGAAGCCCCUCGAGGUGACUCUGAGCAGUACCUACAGCGCGCCGUACCUUCAGCUGCCCAAGUCGAAGGCGGCCCUGUACAGCUGCAAUGAGACAGCGCGUCUUCUCUGGAACACACACGCCGCUCCAUCGCUCGCUGACAAUUCGCUUGAAGGAGAGGUGGAAUGGCUCGAGUGGGAGUCGACGGUGCUGACUCCAGCCUUGACCCCCCUCUACACACAGCGACGCAUCACCAGCGAGGCUGUGGCUGCCCUGAAGAAGCUCGACUCCACCAUUGAGGAGCACCAAGGCACCGUGGCGGUAAAGGGACUUCCGUCGUCCAAGUCUUUCCUAGUGGAUAGCGUCCUCUUCGCCUCCCUCCUGCCGGCGCUGUGCGAGGGUGGGCUGCUCCCCGCCACGGAGGCAGCGGCGGUACCGUAUCUAAUUAAGUGGUUCCAGGCCUUCCAGGCAGAGCACGCGGAGCUGAUCGCCUCUGCGUUUGACGUGCUGUCGGUGCAAGAGUACGGGGACUUCUUGCGGGUGCCACGCACGUACCAGGUGAGCCCCAAGAAGCAGAAGACCUUCUUCGCCACAUCGCCGAUCUACUACGUGAACGCGUCGCCACACAUCGGCCACGUCUACAGUACGCUUAUCGUUGACGUGCUCGGCCGCUACCACCGAGUGAAGGGGGAGGAAGUGUUCGUAAUGACGGGCACGGACGAGCACGGUCAGAAGGUGGCCGAGGCGGCGGCGAAGCAGGGGGUGUCGACGAUGGACUUCACGACGAGCGUGUCGAACGAGUUUAAGCAGUGCUUCAAGGAGAUGAAUUACGACAUGAAUUACUUCAUCCGCACCACAAACCCGAUGCAUGAGAAGCUGGUGGGGGACAUCUGGAAGAAACUGGAGGCGAAGGGCGACAUCUACCUCGGCAAGUACGAGGGCUGGUACUCGGUGAGCGACGAGUCGUUCUUGACGGCGCAGAACGUGGCGGACAGUGUAGACAAGGAUGGAAAUCCCUGCAAGAUCAGUCUGGAGAGCGGCCACGUCGUGACGUGGGUGGUGGAGGAGAACUACAUGUUCCGCCUUAGCGCGUUCCGCGAGCGUCUCCUCAAGCACUUCCAUGACCACCCCAACUGCAUUGUCCCGGAGUUCCGCCGCCGCGAGGUGAUCAAGACGGUCGAGAAGGGGCUCUUCGACUUGUCCAUCUCCCGUAAGUGCGAGUCCGUCAUGAACUGGUCCAUCCCAGUCCCCGGUGAUGAUCGCCACUGCAUCUACGUGUGGCUGGACGCCCUCUUCAGCUAUUACGUCGGCUCCAUUGUCCGUGUCGCGGCCGACGGCACCGAGGCCCUGGACGAGGACUACCGCACACUGAGCCGCUGGCCGGCCGACCUGCAGGUGGUUGGGAAGGACAUUCUCAAGUUCCACGCUAUUUACUGGCCGGCCUUCUUGAUGUCCGCUGACUUGCCGCUGCCGGAGCGGUUGGUGUCACAUGGCUGGUGGACGAAAGAUCACAAGAAGAUCAGCAAGUCGCUCGGCAACGCCUUCGACCCAGUGGAAAAGGCGAACGAGUUCGGCAUCGACGCGUUCAAGUACUUCCUGCUACGCGAGUCAAACUUCCAGGAUGAUGGCGAUUACAGCGAUAGGAACAUGGUAGCCCGCCUGAACGGCGAACUCGCCGACACGCUCGGAAACCUGGUGUCGCGCUGCGUGACGCCAAAGAUCAAUGUGGGUGGUGUGUGGCCGGAGCCUGCAGAAUACAACGAGACUGACAGGACGCUGAUUGCCUCGCUCAACAAUCUGGCUGGCACGGUGGAUCACUACUACUGCCUGCCUGACAUCCAGAACGCGUUGAUUGCCAUCUUCGACGUGCUCCGCAGCCUCAACGUCUACGUGACCGAUAAUGCGCCGUGGAAGUUGGUGAAGACGGACACGGCGCGCCUCGGCACGGUGCUGUACGUGACGAUGGAGGGGCUGCGCAUCUGCAAUAUGUUCCUGCAGCCGGUGAUGCCGCAGAAGGCAAAGGAGAUCAUGGACGCGCUUGGGGUGCCGGAGGGGGUGCGCAUGGAUAUGGAGAACUACCCGUUCGGCAUUGUGAAGCCGGGGACGAAGAUUGGCGGCUUGGCGGAGGGCCAGGUCAUUUUCCAAAAGGUGACACUCCCAGCCGAGGAGGGGAAUGCGGCACAGGGGGACAGCAAGAAGGCCAUGUAG